AUGUUUAAAGUAGACGUUACGCCACCUGGGCAAGUUUCAAGUUGGAUAGACGGUAGCUCGUCAUUGGGACGAGCUGCUAGCUGGGUAAAACGGACGGCUUUGAAAACUGUGAAUGCAUUUCAUUCGAUUUGUGAACGAUAUUGGCGAGAUGAUGUAGAGGGGGAAGACGACGCCAUACCAACAAUAUCCUCAGAAUUUAAGGAUAUGUCCACACGUCAGAGAGAGGUUCGUUCUAAUCAACGUGAUAAUGAAGAGCGAUUUUCACAAUGGCGCCGGAAACCUCUUGACGAAAGCUACACGUUGUAUUCUCAAACAUCGCAAAAUGGGACAUUCUCGCGAAAAGUUUAUGAUCCUUCAAAAUAUGCCAACGAUCCUGUCGAGGAGCACUCGCGGGAAGAAGCCAGACCUGUUUCCUCUUUUCGCUCACGUCAACAUCUAGAUAAUGUCGUGCGCCUUCAGGAGAGAGAGCAGUACAUGAAACUUCUGGCUUGUUAUACUUCAUCAAGUCGCCCUCAAUAUUAUGAUAGCGUCAAUGCCAGGAAAACAAUUACAGUUGAUGAUGAGGAUGAAAGAAAAUCAAAAGCCACUUCUCCAAGGAAAUCGCUCCAUGAGAAACCGCUUCUGAAAUCAACUAAUGCAAAGUCGGUCAAUAUUCGUUCGUCACCGGACAGAGAAUUACAAAAAUCGUCUACAACUUUUCGAAAGCAACCAUUGGCAAUGGCUGUUGAGGAAAAAUCAAAAGUGAUUCGUGAAAAUUUCUCAAAAGGAAUCGCCAAGGUUGAAAAAACCUCGAGCCGUUCUUCACCAAGGUCUUUUGAUUUGUUAAAUGAUCACUGGAUAAAGAAAUGGAGAGAGACCUUGAGCGCAGAGUCUUUAGAACAACAACGAAAGAUUGCUAAAGAAAAACUUCGACUUGAAGCCAUACGUAAAGAGAAAGAUGAUUUGGAAAUUAUAUCCCAACAGGUAAAAGAUAGAAUGUUCGGUAAACAAAAAAUUGAACAGGAAAAGAUCUAUGCGCUUCCAGAGCUGACAGAUGAAAUGAAUUGCGUUAUUGACAAGGCCCUGGGUCAUGGUGCAUCGAACGAGCUUCUCGUGGAGCUUUCUAUUGGUCGGAUAACUAGAGCUGACAUCAUAACGCUGAGACCUCAAGCAUGGCUUAACGACGAGGUCGUGAACGCAUAUUUCCAUAUGAUUGCCGAGCGCAGUAAAAAAACUGGAGUUAGCGUUCAUGCUUUUAAUACAUUUUUUUAUCCAAAACUGAUUAAAACUGGUCAUACAAGUUUGCGGCGCUGGACUAAAAAAGUUGAUUUAUUUUCGUUGGACAUCGUGUUAAUACCGAUUCAUCUUGGUAUGCAUUGGUGCUUGGCGGUUAUUGACUUGAAAGAAAAAACAUUUACUUACUACGACUCUUUAAAGGGAGAUAAUCAGAAUUGCAUCCAGGCUUUACGUGACUAUAUUUGCGCGGAGAGUUUGGAUAAAAAGAAAACAAAAUUUGAUCUAACUGGAUGGAGAAACGACAGUCCUAAGGAUAUACCUGAGCAACUAAAUGGCUGUGACUGUGGGGUUUUUGCUUGUCAGUACGCUGAAUAUGUUUCUCGACGUUCAUCAUUUAAUUUUACUCAGCAUGACAUGCCUUACUUUCGAAGAAGAAUGAUUUACGAAAUUUUGAGUAAGACGUUACUAUGAACAAAUAAAACAAAACAAAAGUAAGUUGGUCAUUUUGAACGUACGUUUUCGUUGAAUUGGAUUAUUGCAGCAGCUAAGGAUUGCAGUCACGUGACAGUUGCAUCUUAGUAAAUGAGAAGUAGUGCUCAUGCGCUGAUGAACCCUUUUUUAAGUAUGUUAAUACCAAUUAUUAUAUCAUUUUUUUUAAACGGGCGCGAAACUACAGCGAGUAUUCAAAAUUUUGUCAAUAUUUACCAUGGUGUGAUGACGUCAUGCCGUCAAUAAAGGUACCCACAAGUACCUGUCUUAGUAAAGUAGUGUGCUCAGCCAUCAUGGUCUCAAAUGCACUAAUUACGUACCAUUUUUCUCUCAUACGGCAUUACGUCAUUAUCUGACUGAUCAUCAUUCGUAAAUAUUGACGUAAGUAUUACCAACAUUAUACAGUUGUUGAUAAAAUCACUUGUGUUCAUAAUUAGAUGUUGUAUGGCUAGUUUGUUCUCUUUCAAUAAUAGCUCGUUUAUUUUUUUUCAAUGUCAAUUUGCACGUGGGCAAAAUAUGCGUACAUCUUUCAGGGCACGUAUAAAUGAACAAUUUCAAGUAAUCAGUCUUUAAUCUGUUUGUAGAAAUAUACAUACGCCUAUCAUUAUACUUUUCAACUAUUUAACACUGGAGAAAACACCAGAUAGUUGAGCUGCUGGAAGAUACGAGUAAUUCCGAAACAAAAUUGGUGCUGUAAUUUAUAAUAUGAUAAACUUGUUGACGAGCGUCUA